UGUUUAAAUUGAUUGGACAAAAUAAACUCGAAUUAGAUUUGAUUAAUCUAACACUUAUUUUUGUAAAAAAAUCUAAAACUUAUCUUUCUUUAUGUAAACAAAAUACACCCUUAAAACGUUUAUAUUAACGCUUCUUGUUACCCUUAUUAAAUUUGACCUAUGCUCAACCGCUUACGGAUUAACAAAUUAAAAACCUAAACACUUUUGCCAAAAUUAAUAAACUUUAUCUUAUGACAUGAUUCUACCUACGUAGUCAAAUUAUAAAAUCUGAUUCGGUCAUCACCAUCCACUCAAUCAAACAUUGCAUACAAUUUUUUAUUUCAAAAUUUAUUCUUUAUUUUCUUGCUUCAUAUUAUCUUGAUUAAAUCAAAAUUCCAAAAUCACAUGAUAAUUGUCUUUUGCCCUUUCUUUCUCCCCUCAAAAAUCUACACCCAAUAACAGAAAACAAAUAAAAAAUCAUCAUCAUCAAAAAUCGAAAAAAAAAAAAAAAACAGAAAUACCCAUAUCAAAAUUCUUAGGUUAAUCAUAAAAAAUGUCAUUAUAGCAAACACUAUAUUUCUUCUUCUUCUAAUACUACCUAAUUUUUACCUGUAAAUUAUACAUACCCAUCAAUUUAUCACUUUUUUUUUUGUGUAUGAAUUUACGCAAAAUUUGGGUUUUAUUCCUUAUUCUUUAAAUUUUUUUUUUGAACCAAAAAAAAAAGUUUGUUUUUUUAGUUUUUUGAAUAGAGUUACAAUGGUUAAUUUUUGGAAGAAGUUGAAAAAUCUUAUGAAAUUGAAGAACAAACUCAAGUCGAAGUCCAAGAAGAAGAAUCGAACCCCGGUUGAUAUAGUUCGCCGUGCUCGAGAAUUAUUGAUUCUUAUCAAUGAUAAUACCAAUGUUGAUCAAGCACCUAAUUGGAAGGAAGAACUAGGUGAACUCAUUGCGGAUGUUAAAUCCAUCCUUUAUGGCACGAGUGAAGCUGAACCCGUCCCAGAAUCUUGUGCACAAGUAACACAAGAAUUCUUCAGAGAAGAUACCCUUCGUCUACUUAUAUUUUGUCUUCGGAAACUUGACUUGGAGGCCCGUAAAGAUUCUACUCAAGUAGUAGCAAAUCUGCAAAGACAGCAGGUUCAUUCACGUCUAAUUGCGUGUGAUUACUUGGAAGCCAACAUUGAUCUUAUUGAUGUAUUGGUAUCAGGGUAUGAAGACCAUUUACUAGCUUUGCAUUAUGGUAAUAUGUUGAGGGAAUGUAUUCGCCAUCAAAGCAUUGCCAAAUAUGUGCUUGAAUCGCACUUGUGCAAGUUUUUUGAUUACAUACAACUUCCAGAUUUUGAUAUUUCAUCAGACGCAGCUGCAACUUUCAAGGAGCUAUUAACAAGACACAAAGCCACGGUCUCAGAAUUUUUGUCAAAUAACUAUGAUUGGUUUUUCAGAGAAUUCAACAAUAAGUUGCUGCAAUCCCCAAUCUAUAUUACAAGGCGUCAAUCUGUUAAGCUUUUGGGAGAUAUAUUGCUUGAUCGUUCAAAUUCUUCUAUAAUGGUGCGAUAUGUGAGCUCAAAAGAAAAUUUGAUGAUUCUUAUGAAUCUUCUCAGGGAAUCAAGCAAGCCCAUACAAGUGGAAGCAUUUCAUAUCUUUAAGUUAUUUGCAGCGAACAAGAACAAGCCGCCUGAUAUCACAACCAUAUUGAUUGCUAAUAGAAGCAAGCUUCUUCGAUUAUUUAGUAACUUUAAAUUGGAUAAAGAGGAUCAACAAUUUGAGGCCGACAAAGCUCAAGUGGUUAAGGAGAUAGCGGAAUUGACACCAAGAGAGAUUCGAUGACAGGCUUAAGUUGAAGAAAAUUCGGAAUUUUGUUACUAGGUGCUUAGGUUAAAGGAAGUUGUUGCCUUCAAAUUGAUAUUUAACUUGUAUAUUCUGUAAGCUAUUUUUUCAUCGAGGCGGAUUUGUAAAUAAAACAUCUUUACUAUGAGAUUGAUUUCAUUUUUUUGACUAUUUUA